AGAUUCUUGGCUCGAAGCGUUAAGCUUCAAGUAGAGCCGAGGGCAACCGAGUUUCAUGCGUUACAUUUCAUGGGGCGCAGCCUGGGUGAUUUCUGCAGCCAAAGAGCUGUUGCCGCUGGAGAAUUGCUUCCAUGGGUGGCCGCCUGCGGAUGCGCGAAGUUGCUGCGACCUCUCCUUCGGAGCUCGUGGACGCGAGGAAUGUUGGGACUCCAUUUUUACCUUCGAAGAUUGUUGCCGUGAGGUCUCACACUUCGGCCUGCGCUACUGCUGUGGAACUGGAGGUGAUUGUUUGAACUUCUCCUUUUCUUGCUCACCGGGCCGCCGGUGCAAGAUUCGACCCAACCUGCCACGGAAGCCGAAGCUGCGGACAACCUGUGACGAUGGUUCGGUGUUGUUCCCUCCGUUGUACACUGCAGUGGAGACAAAGCUGGGGGAUCUCCAAGAUGGCCGUGACUUGAGCGUUCGAGGUACUAUCUACAUCAAUGACGAGAUGGCAAGACUCUUCAUGAACCAAAUUUCCUCCAAUGAAGCUGCGGCACUUUUUCCCAAAAAGACUCUGGAUCCUUGCUUAGGAGUUUUUGAGGAGCAAGAAGAUGCCUUUGGUACAUGCAACCAGCCGCAUGAUCCGAUCAUGGACCAUUUGCCUUUGUUCGUCCGUCCUCUCCGCUAUUUGGACUGCUCCGCAUGUAAUCUGCCAGGGUGCAAGGUCUAUGCCACGGCAUUCACUGCGAAGUUCGGGGGUGUGCGAACGAAUGUGCGCAAUCGGCUGAUCCUGGCAGUUCCUGGUGCUUGUACUCAUGGGGAUGUACUCUUCAGGCUUCUCCCACGGAUCCUGUCCAAACGGUCCCAUGGUCAAGCGCAUAUCUUAUCUGAAGUGACGCUACAUCACUUCAAACCUGGAGACAAAUGUGAACACCAUGGACAACCUGGACACAGAUGGUCUGUGGGUGUUGCCUGUUUCUUGAUGCUCUUUCCAAGCCUGCUGAAGUGCUUCCGAUUGGACGGAGUUCAGACGAAGCAACCGCAGCGCCCGACAGAGAAAGCCGAGCAUGCGGAGAAUGCAUCCAUUGGUGUCGACAUCGUCAGGGCUAUUGCAAUCUGGAACACCUGCUGCUUCCAUUGGCAAAUGAAGUUUCCAUUCGACACCAUUCGUGAAACAGUGGACCAUUUUUUGUGGCCUGAUGAUCCUUCGCUCAAGGCGAUGCUGCGCUAUAGACUUCAUUCAGCUUUGGAAGGCCUCUACUCGAUCAUUACGGUCUUUUUGGUUCUGCGAUGCACAAGCUCGAAGAUGUUUGGCCAACGUUUGAUGCGUAAGGUUGGACGUCAGUUUGUUGUGAUGCUGUUCAUUGACCUUUGGCGCCCUGUGCUUCUCUUUGCCUCGUCGCCAGUCAACUGCAUCCAAGAUGCCAUCCGCCACCCCACUGAGGACCUGAUUGGCUCCGUGGUGCGGAUUGCGACUGCGUCACACUUCAACUGGGCAAUACGACUUGAUAUGCAAGAAGUCUUGUUAGUUGGAACAUUGGGUGUUUUGCGGUUCAAGUCCCAGCAGCUUCGGUUAGGACUUCUAGUUCCAGCAGCUUCGGUUCUGUACUGGGCCUAUUUGAUCCAGAGAUCACUUCAGCCGGACGCCUGCGACUUUCUGGCUAAGCUCAGCCAAUUUGGCCAAGCUGGUGGAACUCCUGGAAUUAAUUUGCACUACUCGUUUUGGCUCCAUUGGUUUCCGAAUGCAUUGAUCUUGCUGAACUUAGAUACUUGUUUGCGGUCUCCACAUGCAAUUGCUAUUAUGGCGCGUCUGAAAAGGGACAGCUUCGUACUCGGCUUGGCUGUGCUUCUCAUGCUACUUGGGAGCUUCGCCCUUGGAACAACACCUAUGUUGCACUGGUUGAAUUGGGAGGCGAUUGGUUUCAUCAAUUGCGACCCGAAGAAAGAGUUUCUUUUGGGCAGCGGUCUGCCGUAUGUCAUCGCAUGUUUACCCUUUGAGAUUACAGCAUUUGCUGCUUUGCAUUUGGCACUGGUGCCUCGGCACUGUCAGAGAGGAAGUAAGAUAGACACUGAUACAGUCUGCAAUGCUGGUUGUGAAGUCAGCAAAGCUGUCCUCCAACCUGUUCUUCCCUUUCUCAGUGUGCUUGAAGGAAUGGGAUUUGCAUUUAUGGCCUGGUGUAAAUCUCUCAGAGAGAUAGGAUUGGCCUUUCUCCUGUGGCAUUAUUCUGUGAUGCUUUUCUUUAGAACUUUCCAUCCAGCGUGGGCUUCCCUCCACUUUUCAACACAAAAAAGCAGUAGUCCCUUAGAGACUCAGCUACUCUUUUUUGCUCCGAUGGCAAUCGCAACUUGGAGUUUGGCUUGGUUCACCCAUCACAUCAUCGAAAAGCCCUACAGUCUGCUCUUCCGCACCCUCUCGGAGCAGCUUGGCCAAUCGGUGCUGCUCACAGUGAUGGUGUCCGGGUACAUGAUUUGCUGUUCAGCUGUGUGGUGGACUAGUUGGGUUGAGUUCUGA